AUGUAUGGGGAUCUGCCAUCAACUCUAGCAAACUGCACAAAUCUCACAACCAUCAACCUCAACUGCAACAAUUUCAGCGGACAACUCACCAAGGUCAAUUUUUCUAGCCUACCCAAUCUAAUGUCUUUAGAUCUUAUGCGGAACAACUUCGAUGGCACAAUUCCAGAAACUAUAUACUCUUGCAGAAAUCUAAUUGCACUGCGAUUAUCUUCCAAUAAGUUCCACGGCCAGUUAGCAAAAGGGCUCGGCAAUCUGAAGUCCCUGUCGUUCCUGUCACUUUAUAAUAAUAAUCUUACAAACAUAACAGAUGCACUUCAGAUUCUUGGAAGCUCCAAGAACCUCAGCACCCUUCUUAUUGGGCGUAACUUCAGGCAUGAGAACAUGCCAGAGGAUGACACCAUUGGCAGUUUUGAAAAUAUUCGGUUUCUUGGUAUAAGUGAUUGCCCAUUAUCUGGAAAAAUACCUUUCUGGAUAUCAAAGCUAGCAAAUUUAGAGAUACUAAUAUUGUCUAACAAUCAACUCACAGGAUCGAUACCAGCCUGGAUCAAAGCUCUAAGCUAUGUCUUCUACCUUGACAUAUCAAACAACAGCCUCACGGGGGAAAUUCCAACAACAUUGACCAAUAUGCCAAUGCUAGAGUCAGCAAAGACAGAUGCCAAUUCGAACCAAAGGGUCUUCAUACUGCCUGUUUAUCCAACUCUAUCACAUCAAUAUCGCCAACCUUUCGCUUUCCCUAAAUUGCUGGAUCUAAGCAAUAAUAAGUUCACUGGUGAGAUCCCUUCGACGAUCGGUCAAUUGAAAUCCCUCCAUUCACUCAAUUUGAGCUUCAACAACUUAACAGGUCAGAUCCCAGAAUCAACAUGCAACCUCACAAGCCUGCAGGUCCUAGACUUGUCGAACAACAAUCUCACUGGUGCAAUCCCAGCUGCAUUGGACAGCCUGCACUUCCUUGCAGCGUUUAACGUUUCUGACAAUGAUCUAGAAGGUCCUAUUCCAUCUGGAGGCCAGUUUAACACAUUUGGGACAUCUAGCUUUGACGGGAAUACAAACCUCUGUGGAUCUAUACUCAUUCAUAGAUGUGGUUCAGCAGAAGCACCUCCUGUCACUGUUCUGUCAACAAAACAAACUGAUUACAAGGUGGCCUUUGUGAUUGCCUUCAGUGCGUUCUUUGGUGUAGGGGUGCUGUAUGAUCAGAUAGUCCUAUCUAGGUAUUUUGGCUAG